AUGUUCUGCGACACCAGUUGGGUCAAUUUCGAGGAGCAGGAGGAGCGGUGGUGGGCGUGGCGCCGGGCGGUGUGCUCGCUGGCCAGGUCGUCCUACCCCCGCGGCCGGCGCCUGCGCGUGAUGGUGCUGGAGAUCGGGUGCGGCAGCAACGUCCCGACCGUGCGGCAG